GUAGAUCAUAAUUCUGAAUCGCUGCAAAUCAUACAAAAGAGAAUAAGUGCCAAUAGAGCUUCAAAUGAAUCUUUAUUAUGGGGAACUUAUCGACCUAAUUUGUAUUUCGGCACAAGACCUAAAUUACCUGAAAGUUUGAUGACCGGUUUAAUGUGGUUUGGGGUUAAUGACCUAGAGAGUUUUCAAGAAGAAUAUAGUUAUAAGAAACAUGAUGGCCGAAGUUUUGCAAUUCAAACUAUCACUGACGUAAAAAAUAAUGUGAUAUUGAAGAUUGAAUUCUUGAAAGUAUCGGGUGGUGGACAUGAUUUAGAAAAUAGAUUAGAUCAAUCGGGUUUAGACAAUCCUGUUGAGCUUACUGGAGAAACACCUGAUCUUGGACAUUUCGCUAUUAAGAUAGUUGAUGGUCCAGAUAAUAGGAUUCCAAAAAUUACUGCAGUGAAAAUGCAGAUGCAUCCUGAUUUACGAAAAACACAAUAUUGGGGGCAUUUAGUUCCUGAUGGUGAUAUAUGGCGUGCGAAAGAUAUUCCUUCCCCGCCUUUCUUAUUUAAUUUACCUAAUCAAAUGCAUGAAAAUUCUAAUUUUUAUAUUUUUCAAAAGAUGGUUGAAGCUCCUUUUCAGUUUGAUAUCUUUUUUGAAUCAGGUUCAUCACCGGUACAUAUUGAAGUUGAUAAAUCUUAUACAGAUGUGGAUGAAAAUGAGGAAUAUUUUUGGGAUAAGAGUAUGCAGGCUGAUCCUCAAUUAACAUCACCGGAUGAAGGGUUUCAUCAGCUUUUAAUCGGACAUUGGGAUAAUGAUCUUAGUUUAGAUAUAAUCAAGCAUUGGAUAUCACUAAUUGAUAAUGAUGGUUGGGUUGCGCGUGAGCAAAUUUUGGGUGAAGAGGCUAGAAGUAAGGUUCCUCAUGAAUUUCAAACACAAUAUCCACAUUAUGCGAAUCCACCAACAUUAUUCAUGGCAAUUGAAGCUUUUCUUGAACGAUUGGAUAAUGCCACAGAAUCACAGCCACAACAGUUUGUACCACAAGAUAUUCUAACUACUACCACGGAUUCAUCAAUCUUACCAAUACGUCAUUUACAAGAUUUAAAUUUAGCAAAAAGUUUCUUAGCAGAAAUCUACCCAAAAUUAAGAUCAAAUUAUAAAUGGUUUAGGAGAACACAAUGGGGUGAAAUUAAAGAAUGGGUUGCAUUCUCACUUUUAUUAUUGUUUAAAGGUCUGGAUGAUUAUCCAAGACCAACACCGCCACAUCCUGCAGAAUUACACGUUGACUUAAUGUGUUGGGUAGGAUUUAUGGCAAGAUCACUUAGAAAUAUUGCCGAAAGGCUAGAUGAAUCAGUUCAUGUUUGUCACAAAGGCUAUUUGUCAUUAUUUCCAAUGUUACAUGAAUUUUUGCCAAAUGAUUCACCAAAACUUGGUGCUAUUUUGGAAUUAAUAUAUAAUCCUGAGGAGUUAUGGUCACCGUAUCCCUUUUCUGUUAAAAAAAAAAAAAGGAUUAAAAGAUUUUGGCCAUAUAUUGAUUAUUAUUUUUAA